CAGUGUAAAGCAGGAGACUGGAGGUGUGUAUAAAUAUCAGUGUGUCGCGCGGGCUGUCUUAUGAACUCGUGCCGCGCACCAGCAGCCUGCAGUCCGCACUGUUUCCGUGGAGCUGACGGCGACCUGCUCACGCCACAGGUGAGGUGCCUUUACUCUCUGGACCAAACCACCAGUGCUGAAAAUGAAGAUCUGUGUUGCUUUUGUUGUAGUAGCUGUUCUUCACAUCGCUCAGGCUGUUUGUCCAGAUCAGUGGCCUGGUCUUCAACCCUGGACGCCGGGUCACAAUGAAGCCCACAGAGUCACCAUCGGACACGGCCGCAGGGUCGUCCUCACCUCAUCUGCAACAGUCCAUUCCAUCGAGAUCCUCAACGGAGGGAAGCUUGUGAUCGCUGAUUCCGGUCGGCCCAUUUUACUGCGGGCCAAGCACAUUCUCAUCGGGAACAAGGGCGAACUCCACAUCGGCAGUCCAGAAUGCCCUUACAAAGGCAACCUCACCAUCUCUCUCUUUGGCAGGUCUGACGACAGUGAGGUCGAACACAGCUAUUUUGGCCGAAAGUACGUUGGCGUCGGAACCGGAGGAACCUUAGAGAUUCACGGAGACAAGAAGCUGUCAUGGACUUUCCUGAACAAAACCCUGCAUCCGGGGCAGGGAAAUGAGAACAGCUACCAUUUCGAGAGGAGCUGGGGAAACAGAGGCAUCAUCGUUCACAUCAUCAACCCCAACACCGGAGACGUGCUUCACACCGACAGAUUUGACACAUAUAGGAGCAAGGACGAGAGCAGACGGCUGGCCCAGUACGUAGACGAGGUUGAAACCGGGCAGAUCUUGGCUAUGGUGGUUAAUGACGAAGGAUCCAACAACCUGGAGGAUCUGGCUAAAAAGGCUCUCUCUAAGCUGGGGAGCCGGCACUUCCAUCGACUCGGUUUCCGGUAAUCUGCCCCAUUUCCAAUGCC